AUGCGUGCCCGUGUAGCUAUCCUGCUCGCAGGGAUCGCCAGCGCAGCCGAUAUCCAACUCUCUCUGAACUUCGCAGACAAGACACAGUCAGCACCAUUCUUUGUGCCUGAUCAGCCAGACAAAGUGAAGAUUGAUUCUUCAAAGGCGGUAGAGGGCGUGGUGAUCACCCCACCGUUUGAUCAUGCGUUUGCGAGAGUGCGCUGCGAGUUCUUCGACCCGUCAGGAGAGUCUCUCCAGAACGUGGAAGUAGGAGAACCGGCAGAGGACCCUAUUGACCCCGUAGCAGUCCUUGGCUUUGCUCAAUGCAAUACUCUGUGA